AUGGACCUUUCUUCUUCCUUCAUACAAGUCUCAAACCCCUCCACUUACAACAACUACUCUUUCUCAUCCUCAUUUUCACAAUUCCCAACUCAAAUUCGACUUAAAACCCCCAAAUUCUCAUUCCCAAACUCGCGUAAUUUCCAUCUUCUUGCUGUUGCCGUAGACCCACAACAAGAGCUCCCCAAAAACAGCCCCCAAAGGCUCCUCAAAGAGCUCUCAGAGCGCAAACGAGCCACUUCUCCGAAGAAGAAGGUACCUCCGAAGAGGUUCAUACUCAGGCCACCGUUGGAUGACAAGAGACUAGCACAGAGGUUUCUCAAUAGCCCACAAUUAUCGCUAAAGUCUUUUCCUUUACUCAGUUCUUGCUUACCCUCUUCCCGGCUUAACAAUGCCGAUAAGGCUUGGAUAGAAGAGUACAUGCUUGAGGCCAAGCAAGCCCUUGGGUACCCACUUGAGCCUUCUGAUAGGUUCGGGGACGAUAACCCAGCGAAGCAAUUUGAUACUUUGUUGUACAUGGCUUUUCAGCAUCCCUCGUGUGAGAGGACCAAUGCGCGGCAUGUGCGGUCUGCGCAUUCGAGGCUGUGGUUUUUGGGGCAGUAUGUGCUUGAAUUGGGUUUGGCUGAGUUUUUUCUGCAGAGGUAUCCGAGGGAGGCUCCUGGUCCAAUGAGAGAGAGAGUGUUUGGGUUGAUAGGAAAGAGGAACUUGCCCAGGUGGAUUAAAGCAGCUAGCUUGCAGAACCUGGUAUUUCCUUUUGAUGAUAUGGAUAAGUUGCAGAGGAAGGACCGAGAGCCGCCUGUGAAGUCUGUAUUCUGGGCGUUGUUUGGAGCUAUAUAUUUGUGUUUUGGGAUGCCCGAAGUAUAUCGUGUUCUUUUUGAAGUAUUUGGAAUGGACCCAGAAGCUGAGGAUUGCCAGCCAAAAUUACGGAGACAACUUGAAGAUGUUGAUUAUGUUUCCGUUGAAUUUGAAGGCAAAAAACUCAGCUGGCAAGAUGUUGCAGGAUACAAGCCCCCAGAAGAUGCUCUUUUUGCACAUCCAAGGCUCUUCAGGGCUUGUGUUCCACCAGGUAUGCAUCGGUUCAGAGGAAAUAUAUGGGAUUAUGAGAGCAGACCUCAAGUCAUGCGGGCAUUGGGAUAUCCCUUGGCAAUGACUGAUAGAAUUCCAGACAUUACUGCAGCAAGGAACAUUGAACUUGGACUUGGGCUACAGCUUUCUUUCUUGCAUCCAUCGAAGCAUAAAUUUGAGCAUCCUCGAUUUUGUUACGAGCGGUUAGAAUAUGUUGGCCAAAAGAUCCAGGACCUUGUGAUGGCUGAAAGGUUGCUGAUGAAACAUUUAGAUGCUCCUGGAAAGUGGUUAGCGGAGAGACAUCGCCGUGUUCUUAUGAACAAAUUCUGCGGGAGAUAUUUGAGGGAGAAGCGUCUCCAUCAGUUUAUCAUCUAUUCCGACCAGGUUCAGGAUGCAUAUGAGCACAACCGAAGAUUAAGGAAUCCAGCCACAACUGCUGUUCAACAAGCCAUUCAUGGCCUCUCAUACACCAUAUAUGGGAAACCAGAUGUAAGGCGCCUCAUGUUUGAAGUUUUUGAUUUUGAGCAAACCCAACCUAAAGCUGUCACUGUGUGA